UCUUCCGGGAGUGUGGCUAGGGGCGGAGCGGUUGCCGCGCGGUAGUCAGGGAGCUGUGCGGGUCCUGGUUGCAACAGAGUCUGUUUGCCAGCCAACCCCAGCCCGGGAGGGGAUCAGGGCCACCAGGUUGCUGGUAAGGUUGAAAGACUGAGUGUGUCAAGACCGUUAAAGGUAGUCUGUGUAAGAGAAGUCAGGAUUUUGUGGAUUGCUACGUUGUGAGUGUGGGCUGAGUCCCAGAACCUCGCUAUGUCAGGGAAACGGAAGCGUGUGGUGUUGACUAUUAAAGAUAAGCUUGAUAUAAUAAAGAAACUUGAAGACGGAGGUUCUUCCAAACAACUGGCAGUGAUUUAUGGAAUUGGUGAAACAACAGUUCGGGAUAUAAGAAAAAAUAAGGAAAAGAUUAUAACUUAUGCAAGCAGUUCUGAUUCCACAAGUCUUUUGGCCAAGAGGAAAUCUAUGAAGCCAUCCAUGUAUGAGGAAUUGGACAGGGCAAUGCUGGAAUGGUUCAACCAACAAAGAGCAAAAGGGAAUCCCAUAUCUGGACCAAUUUGUGCAAAAAGGGCGGAGUUCUUCUUUUAUGCUUUGGGAAUGGAUGGUGAUUUUAACCCCUCUGCCGGUUGGUUAACUCGUUUUAAGCAGCGGCACAGCAUUAGAGAGAUUAACAUUAGAAAUGAAAGAUUAAAUGGAGAUGAGACUGCUGUGGAAGAUUUUUGUAACAACUUCAGAGAUUUUAUUGAACGAGAGAAUUUACAGCCUGAACAAAUCUACAAUGCAGAUGAAACUGGACUGUUCUGGAAGUGCUUACCUUCUAGGAUUUCAGUAAUCAAAGGUAAAUGCAUUGUCCCUGGGCACAAGUCAAUUGAAGAAAGAGUCACGAUCAUGUGUUGUGCCAAUGCAACAGGUUUACACAAACUUAAACUUUGUGUUGUGGGGAAAGCAAAGAAACCUCGCUCUUUUAAAUCAACUGACACUUUAAACCUGCCAGUCUCAUAUUUCAGCCAAAAAGGUGCAUGGAUGGACCUUUCCAUUUUUCGACAAUGGUUUGAUAAAAUUUUUGUGCCACAAGUUCGAGAGUAUUUAAGAUCUAAAGGCUUGCAGGAAAAGGCUGUGCUCUUGUUGGAUAAUUCACCAACACAUCCAAAUGAAAAUGUCCUAAGGUCAGAUGAUGGCCAAAUAUUUGCUAAAUAUUUACCACCUAAUGUGGCCUCAUUGAUUCAGCCUUCAAAUCAGGGAGUCAUAGCAACAAUGAAGAGAAAUUAUCGUGCAGGUCUUCUCCAGAACAACUUGGAAGAAGGUAAUGACCUGAAAUCAUUCUGGAAGAAACUAACUCUGCUGGAUGCACUUUAUGAAAUAGCAAUGGCAUGGAACUUAGUAAAACCAGUUACCAUAAGCAGAGCAUGGAAGAAGAUUCUCCCUAUGAUAGAGGAGAAAGAAAGUUUGGACUUUGAUGAUGAAGAUAUUUCUGUGGCUACUGUGGCUACCAUUUUACAGCACACCAAAGGACUGGAAAAUGUGACUACUGAGAACCUUGAAAAAUGGCUUGAAAUAGACAGUACCGAACCAGGCUAUGAAGUGUUAACUGAUAGUGAAAUCAUUAGAAGAGCACAAGGCCAGACAGAUGAAUCCAGUGAAAACGAGGAGGAGGAAAUAGAACUAAUUCCAGAGAAACAUAUUAACCAUUCCGCUGCUCUCCAAUGGACUGAAAAUUUAUUGGAUUAUCUAGAACAGCAAGGUGAUAUGAUUCUACCUGAUAGACUGGUAAUACGUAAACUUCGAGCCACCAUCAGAAAUAAACAGAAGAUGACAAAAUCAAGUUAAUAAUGGCAUUUCAAUUUUAUCAUUGUUCUGCUCAUUGUGUUUGUGAUACUUACACUCCUUGCAAUAUGGCUUAAUGUUCUGAAUUCUCAGACCUGGUCCUGUGAAAUACAGGUGCCAAAUGUAUCUGAGGUGGUUUGAGGAUUAUGUGUUUUCAUCAUUUGUAUCUUUUGUCCUUUUAUUUGUACAGAUAAUCAGAAGAUGAUGCUGAAUAGAUACAAAUUACAUGUACACUUUUUCACUUUUUAGAAUCUGUAAUUAUACCUUCUGUAACAGUGGCAUUGGCAUUUCCUAAAUUUUCUACUGAAAGUUAGAGAUAACACACUGAGCACUUUUCUGAAAUCUUUUGCUUGAUUUAUGAAAGCUAUCAUAGUUAUCGUUUCUUGUGUUAACCAUCUUAAAUGGUGUUUUGUAUAUUUUAAUAGACUGACAGGAUGAGAAAGAUAUUAGAUUUCAGGAUGAUUUAUAGUCAAGAAUGAAAUUCAAUAAUGGAAUAAUUAUGAAUUAUAAAAAUUAUUUGGAUAUCGUACCUCAGUUCUCUUACGUUUGUGUGAGUUGCAAGAGAGGGAAAUUAUUCUGGAAAUGGAGUAAAUAUGGGAAAUGAUUGCCAAAUGAGAGAAACUAUGGGAAACCUGAUCUAUAAAGAGGCAUUCUUAUCAAUUCAUUUGUAGGAAACUGGGAAUUAAAAAUCUGGGGAACUUUAUGUUAUUUAUACAAAGGGAAUAAAUAGGCUGAUAUUAAUUUGAUGAUUUGGUCUUUUAUGAAUUUGAUAAUAGUAUAGGUUUAUUAUUUAUUCAUCUAAUUGUAGUACAGGUUUUGUAAUGUUACGUGUGAUGAUAUGAGCUCCCACCUUAUAUGGGAGAACAUCUUGGGAAUUUGAGAUUUAAUAAGUUUUUUUGUUUUAUGUUAGUUUUUUACUGCAUACUCACAAAUGUUGUCUAUAAGUUGAAAAAUGUUGUCAUACCUGGCCCUUUGAUGAAAAAAGGAAAUUAAAAGAAUAAAGCUUUUAUGAUUUUAAAUAAGUCACAUGUUUGUAUCCUGUUUUAUGAAGAAAGCAGAAAUAAUUAUGGAAAGGCCAGACACUAAGGAAUAUUGUUGUUUAUUAUUUUGACAUGUGUAAAAAGGGAUUAAUCUGCUAAAAUGUAAUCUAAAUCAGAAUUUUGGUAAAUUUUUUUGUAAACUGUUUAUUCAAGACAUUGAAAAUACUUUGCAUAUAUUAAUAUUAAUAUAACUUAUAAUUUAAAAGUAAAGUGUUUCCAUGCUAUUUCACAUUUUGGCCAAAAAUUUUUUUAAAAAUACAUUAGAAUUGUUCUCUAUUAGU